AUGGUGAAUAUUGGGACUUCUGCCUCUGUCCCCACUCCUCUGGCGACUACUUUUCAUGUUCUGGACCAUUCUCCUACCCUGGCUAUAGAAGCUCCUGCUUCUGCACCCGAGGUGGAUCAACAUGUGGACAUUGCGACCACUUUAUCAGUGGAAGAAUCAACUUCGCCUCCAAUUUCAACAAAUAGGACUCGAAAUCUCCCUGAGGGGAAUAAGAUGGAACUUACUUCUAAGCUUUCCCAUAGCAUGUUCAAAGCUUCUACUAUCUUCUCUCCUGUCUCUGCUGGUUGGGGAAAUGUCUUGGACCCAAAUAAUCCCUUCAAGAAAAUGGAUACUAGGAAAGGGAAGGCCAAAGCUAUGGAGCUGAGAUGA